AUGAGCUCCGGACCUCUAUACCUGGCGAUUGUUGUCUCGUCGGACCUCCAAGUCGUCUCGGAGGCCAAGGUCGACUUCGACGCCGACUUCGCAGCCAAGUACGGCAUCAAGAAGGGCGUGCUCACCAACGAAGAUGAGGGUGAGGUUUUCGCCCCCGUGGCCAUGUGGCUCGAGGCCGUGGAUCUGGUGCUCGCCCGCCUCAAGGCCAACAAGUGCCCCGUCGAGCGCAUCCGCGGCAUCAGCGGCUCGUGCCAGCAGCAUGGCAGCGUGUUCUGGAACGCCGAGGCCGAGGCGGCGCUGGGCCGGCUCGACGGAGGCGGCGACCUCCUCGCCCAGUUGAGCGGGACGCUCGCAUACAAGUACGGGCCGAACUGGCAGGACCACAGCACACAGGCCGAGUGCGACCUGUUCGAUGCUCAUCUGGGGUCGGCGGAGAAGCUGGCCGAGGUCACGGGGAGUGCGGCGCACCAUAUCAUGCGGAUGCGGAGGAAGCGGCCGGAGGUCUAUUCGAAGACGGCCCGGAUUUCGCUGGUGUCGUCGUUCCUCGCCUCGCUCUUCCUCGGCGCCAUCGCGCCCAUCGACAUCGGCGAUGUCACGGGGAUGAACCUCUGGGAUAUCCUGUCGCAGCGUUGGAGCGAGCCACUGCUCGAGCUCACCGCAGGGGGCAAGGAAGGCAUCCCGGACCUCUUGAAGAAACUCGGCGACGUGCGCCAGGACGGUGGCGGUAGCAUCGGGCCCAUCUCGAGCUAUUUCGUGCAGAAGUACGGCUUCAGCAAGGACUGUCAGAUUGUGCCGUUCACGGGCGACAACCCGGCCACAAUCCUGGCGCUGCCGCUGCGGCCGCACGAUGCCAUCGUGUCGCUUGGUACGUCGACUACAUUCCUCAUGGUCACGCCGACGUACAAGCCCGAUCCAAGCUACCACUUCAUGAAUCACCCGGCCAACCCAGGUCACUUUAUGUUCAUGCUGUGCUACAAGAACGGUGGGCUGGCGCGCGAGAAGGUACGUGAUGCUCUCCCAGGGACCGCGAGCUCAGGCUCAGAUCUCUGGGAGAACUUUAACAAGCACGUCCUGCAGACGCCGGCCCUGGAUGUGGAUUCGGCGUCCACUGGUGACAGAGCGAAGCUUGGCCUCUACUUCCCGUUGCCUGAGAUCGUGCCUAACAUCAAGGCCGGCACGUGGCGGUACACGUGCAAGGCGGACGGGGGCGACCUGCGCGCGGAAGAAGGCGCGUGGGACGCGGCGAAGGACCCGCGCAUCAUCGUCGAGUCGCAGGCGCUAUCGAUGCGGCUGCGCAGCCAGAACCUGGUGGCGGCGCCGCGGCCGGGCGUGCCGCCGCAGCCGCGGCGCAUCUACCUCGUGGGCGGCGGGUCGCUCAACCCGGCCAUCGCGCGCGUUAUCGGCGACGUGCUGGGCGCCGUUGACGGCGUGUACAAGCUCGACGUCGGCGGCAACGCCUGCGCGCUCGGCGGCGCCUACAAGGCCGUCUGGGCGCUCGAGCGCCGCGACCCCGCCGAGAGCUUCGACGAGCUCAUCAGCCGCCGCUGGACCGAGGAGGGCGCCAUCGAGCGCGUCGACGACGGCUACCGCGAGGGCGUGUUCGAGCGGUACGGCGAUGUGCUGCCUGCGUUUGGCGAGAUGGAGCGCAGGAUUCUGGAGGUUGCUCAUAACUAA